UAGGGUCAUGCACCAGUUGCAGAAAGGUGGGGACAUUUCCUGACGCCUUUGCAACACUGGGAAGUUGUCUUCAGGGAGGCUGGACCCCAUCCUGAGCACCAACCCAAGAAAGUAAAGGCCGGGAGCUGCCCUGCUGGCGGAGAGCCCUGCACUUUCUCCCUGCUCCUGCCAGCGCUCACAGCCUCCUGGUUUGCACCUGACCAUGUCCCUGGCUGAGGCCAUCAGCCUCUGGAAUGAAGGGGUGCUGGCAGCUGACAAAAAGGACUGGAAGGGAGCCCUGGACGCCUUCACCGCCGUCCAGGACCCCCACUCCAGGAUUUGUUUCAACAUCGGCUGUGUGCACACAAUCCUGGAAAACAUGCGGGAGGCAGAGAAGGCCUUCUCUAGAAGCAUUAACCGAGACAAGCAUUUGGCGGUGGCCUACUUCCAACGAGGGAUGCUCUACUACCAGAUGGAGAAAUACGACUCAGCUAUAAAAGACCUUAAAGAGGCUUUGACUCAGCUUCGAGGGAACCAGCUGAUAGAUUACAAGAUCCUGGGGCUACAGUUCAAGCUGUUUGCCUGUGAGGUGUUAUAUAACGUCGCUUUCAUGUACGCCAAGAAGGAGGAAUGGAAAAAGGCUGAAGAGCAUUUAGCAUUGGCUACGAGCAUGAAGUCUGAGCCGAGACAUUCCAAAAUUGACAAAGCCCUGGAAUGUGUUUGGAAACAGAAGCUGUAUGAGCCAGUGGUGAUCCCAGUGGGCAGGCUGUUUCGACCAAAUGAGAGGCAAGUGGCUCAACUGGCCAAGAAGGAUUACCUAGGCAAGGCGACGGUGGUGGCGUCUGUGGUGGACCAGGACAGUUUCUCGGGCUUUGCUCCUCUGCAGCCUCAGGCGGCUGAGCCUCCACCCAGACCCAAAACGCCGGAGAUCUUCAGGGCUCUGGAAGGGGAGGCCCACCGCGUGCUGUUCGGGUUUGUGCCUGAGACACCGGAGGAGCUCCAGGUCAUGCCGGGGAAUAUUGUCUUCGUGUUGAAGAAGGGCAAUGACAACUGGGCUACGGUCAUGUUCAAUGGGCAGAAGGGGCUUGUGCCCUGCAACUACCUUGAACCAGUGGAGCUGCGGAUCCAUCCUCAGCAGCAGCCCCAGGAGGAAACCUCCCCCGAGUCUGAUAUCCCCUCUCCUCCGAGUUCCAGUGCUCCUGGAAGACCGCCGUGGUCACCAGGUCAGAAAGAAAAAGAAGAGCCCAAGGAAAUAAAGCUCAGAGUCCCCAUGCCCUACACACUCAAGGUGCAUUACAAGUACACGGUGCUCAUGGAGACUCAGCCCGGACUCCCCUACAGCCAGGUCCGGGACCUGGUGUCCAAGAAGCUGGAGCUCCUGCCAGAGCACACGAAGCUAAGCUAUCGGCCACAGGACAGCAAUGAGCUGGUGCCCCUUUCAGAAGACAGCAUGAAGGAUGCCUGGGGCCAAGUGAAAAACUACUGCCUGACUCUGUGGUGUGAGAACACGGUGGGUGACCAAGGCUUUCCAGAUGAACCCAAGGAAAGUGAACACUCUGAUGCUAAAAACCAGAAACCGGAACUUCAGCUUAAGGAAGGGAGCAAAGUGGUAGCCCUCUUCAAUUACGAGGCCACCCAACCAGAAGACCUGGAGUUUCUGGAAGGAGACAUCAUCCAGGUUAUAUCAAUGUUGAAUGAAGAAUGGCUGGAAGGGGAGUGCAAAGGGAACAUUGGCAUUUUCCCCAAGGCGUUUGUUGAAGAACGUGCCGCUACAGACCUGGAAAGCACUGCUAGAGGAGUCUAGGAUGUUUCACAGCAGACGAAGUUGAAGAAGAGACUAUGUCACUUGUAAGUUUUAGAAUGCCUCUGCAGUACACUGUCCUGAGAUCAUUACGGUUCUGAAGUGUUAACUCAUCCAUUUUCCCUGUUGAAAUGCAACCUAUUAGACAACGAUGAGAGAA